UUCACCGGUGAUCAUCUCACCUCGUUAGUUACCGGUCUGAAAAUCACUGGAGCGCAGUUCAAUCGACGGUUGCAUCGAAGAUGAAGGCGUUCGUAGUGCUAUCGGUGGCUUUGGUCAUUGCCUCUUGUGCGGCAGUCGAUGAAUCCUCGAAGAAGACCAAGCGCGGCCUAUGGGAGCUGGGAAAUGAUUUCAACGGAUUCGAAUACGGUCACCAUUACGGUCAUCAUCAUGGUCAUCAUGAGAUCCAACAUCUGACCAAGACCAUCACCAAGAAGGUUCCGGUUCCGUAUCCAGUGGAGGUUGAGAAGCAUGUUCCGGUUCAUGUGGACCGCCCGUACCCAGUUGAAGUGAAGGUACCAUACCCAGUGCACGUUGACCGUCCGGUGUAUGUUGAGAAGAAGGUUCAUGUCGACCGUCCGGUUCCAUACCCAGUGAAGGUCCCUGUCCACGUAGAUCGCCCGUACCCAGUCGAAGUUAAGGUUCCAUAUCCAGUUGAGAAGAAGAUCUACAUUGAAAAGAAGGUCCCAGUUCACGUUCCAUAUCCAGUGGAGGUGGUUAAAAAGGUCCAUGUCGAUCGUCCAUACCCAGUGGAGGUGAAAGUACCAUACCCAGUUGAAGUAAAGGUUCCAUAUCCAGUUGAAAAGAAGGUCCCAGUACAUGUUGAUCGUCCAGUCCCCUACCCAGUGGAGGUCAAGGUUCCGUACCCAGUGCAUGUCGAGAAAAAGGUCCCUGUUCACGUGGAUCGUCCAGUUCCUUACCCAGUUGACCGUCCAGUGUACGUUGAAAAGAAGGUACAUGUCGAUCGCCCAUAUCCAGUGGAAGUCGAGAAGAAGGUUCCAGUGCACGUUGAUCGUCCAGUUCCAUAUCCAGUGGAGGUUGAGAAACACGUUCCAGUUCAUGUCGAUCGGCCAAUCCCUUACCCAGUAGAGAAGAAGGUACCAGUGUACGUUGAAAACCGAGUCCCAGUUCAUGUUGACCGUCCAGUUCCGUAUCCAGUCGAGGUCGAGAAGCGUGUUCCCGUUCAUGUGGACCGACCAGUACCAUACCCAGUGAAGGUGCCAGUGCAUGUUGAUCGUCCAGUGCACGUUCCCUAUCCGGUCGAGGUCCCAGUCGUCCAGAAGGAAUACGUCGAAGUGCCAAAACCGUACGCAGUUCAUGUUGAAAAGCACGCUCCAGUGCAUGUCAAUGAACAUCAUCAGAAGCACUGCGUGAACUUCUCGGAUACCAUUUGUCGUGGUCCACUUCUCAUCAAACAAGUUUCAACGCCUGACUACCAAGCUCGUCAAGCUCACCAUCAAGUGACGACAUCUGUAGCCUACACACACUACCCCCGUGUCUGGGAAAUCGACUACCCGUCCCCGCUAAUAAUCAUCUCGAUGUACUUGACGGACCAGAAAAUCUCCCAUCUAUGGAAUAAACUGAUCCACACCUUGAGGAAUAUAAUUGUCUUAAUCCUCGUUCUACAGGAUUUUAAUGGACACCAUCAAGCAUGGGGUAGCGUACAAAACCGCCUCGAAAUUAACACCACUGAUGCCAUGGAAGAAGUGUAUCUAGUGUUGUUGAACGACGGAUCUCCUGCCUUCGUGCGAGGCCAUACAGCAAUAGAUCUGAGUUUCACCAGUUCGAAUUUACUCCCCCGCCUACUGUGGAGAACGCAUAUUGAGCCAAUGGGGAGCGACCACUAUCACAUCUUCAUCCGAACCGACGAUAAAACUUCUACACUCACUAGACGACCGCAGUGGCAGUACUACCAAGCGGAUUGGGCAGCUACUUUGCGAACUCGCUCUGGCAUUUACAGUCGCCAAGGGUGA